CGCCUCCUCCUCCUCCGCCAGGCGUAUGCGCAAUAGGGCUCGUCCAGGGACUGGCGAUGCCCCCGGCGGGAUGUCUCCGGUUUACUCCAAGCUCGAUUCGGCGCCGCUGUCGCGGAAGCUGCUCACCCGCUACCUCCUCCUCCUCCGCCUCUAUCCGGUGCUCACCAAAGCCGCCACCAGUGCCUUCCUAUCAGCUCUAGGGAGUCUCCUGUCCCAACUAAUUGAGAAGACCCAGAAAAAGAGAAGCCUUGACUGGCGGGAACCCCUGCGGUUUGCUGCCUAUGGUUUUUUAUUCACUGGACCGCUCAGUCAUUACUUCUACCUCUACCUGGAACAGCUAAUUCCUUCGGAGGCCCCAUUUGCACUCGUCAAACGUCUGCUGGUGGACCGUCUCAUCGUUUCCCCGGCCUUCCUGGCCCUCUUUUUCCUCGUCAUGAACUUUUUGGAGGGAAAGGAUAUAUCUGCCUUCUCCAAAAAGAUGAAAACUAGUUACUGGGCAUCCUUAAAGAUGAACUGGAAAGUGUGGACCCCCGUCCAGGUUAUUAACUUCACUUACGUCCCUUUGCAGUUCCAGGUGCUCUUCGGAAACCUCGUGGCCAUGCUGUGGUUCGCCUACUUGGCGUCCGUCAAGAAGAGAUGAAGGAAAAGCCGCCGGUCCAGCCCAUCGGAGGAGAUGGCCGUGGUUUCGAUCCUGAGGUGGUGGAAGGAUGGAGCAGAGGAAGGUGGCUGGGAAGCCCAGUUGGCCACUCCCAUCCUUUGAAAGUUGCCCUUUGGCUUUCAUCCCCAUAUCUGUGGCAAAGGGACUUCUCUUGUUGCCCUCCGCCCCCACGCCCCCCUAAUAGCCAUGACUAAGAAGGCCAUUUUGUGCUCUCUCUUUUUUUUUCUCCAGAUCUUUUCCAGAGGCAAUUGCUGGAAAGAUUUUUGUGCCUUUUCUCACACAGGCGCUUAAUGGUAGUGGUGGAUCUGUGGGCAGGGAUCAGAACGGGCCGUAAAUAUAUCCGUGCACAGUUUUUCUGAGCAAUAAACGUAACGAGAAGAGUC